UAGAGUCUACGUAAAGAUCAUCACUAUUCACUAGCUUUUGAACACGUUGGAGAUCAAAAUUGAAAGUGUCUUCGGAAGAAAAAAGCGCAGACAGCCAAAAGGUUCAUGGAAAACGGCGACAACCCUAGAGGGUUCAAUAAGUAUGUCUGUUCCUCUGUAUUAGCUGCCACUACUGUCUCAGCUAUAUUUGGUUAUGUUGUGGGAGUGAUGACCGGAGCAGUCAUAUUCAUAAAGGAAGAUCUUCAAAUCAAUGACCUACAAAUACAAUUCCUCGUAGGCAUGUUACAUUUGUGCAUGCUACCAGGAUGCAUGGUUGCAGGAAGAACAUCUGAUUAUAUAGGUCGCCGCUACACCAUCAUUCUAGCGUUCAUCACCUUCUUAUUGGGCUCCAUUUUAAUGGGCUAUGGCCCAUCCUAUUCAAUCUUAAUGAUUGGAAACUGCAUUGUUGGAAUUGGUGCGGGUUUUGCACUGGUAGUAGCACCGGUUUACAGCACAGAGAUUUCACCUCUUUCUUCAAGAGGCUUUUUUACUUCUCUCCCAGAACUUUCCAUGAACAUAGGAGUCUUGCUUGCCUUUGUGUCAAACUACUUCUUUGAAAAAAUGACACUGAGACUUGGAUGGAGGAUGAUGGUGGUUAUUCCCGCAGUUCCUUCACUUUGCUUAAUCAUUCUCAUGUUAAAAUUGGUGGAGUCUCCAAGGUGGUUGAUCAUGCAAGGACGUGUAGGUGAGGCAAGGAAAGUGCUUUUACUAGUGUCUAACACAAAGGAAGAGGCUGAACAACGGUUGAGGGAAAUAAAAGCUGUUGUUGGAAUUGAUGAAGAUUGCACCAAAGACAUUGUCCAGGUUGCAAUGAAAACCCGUAGUGGUAAAGGAGCACUGAUAGAGUUAUUUUGUGAACCUUCACCUUCAGUGCGUAGGAUUCUAAUUGCAGCCAUUGGGGUUCAUUUGUUCUCGAGGAUUGGCGGAAGUGGGGGUAUUUUGUUGUAUAGCCCAAGGGUUUUUGAGAGAACAGGAAUCGCUGAGAAAAGCAAGCUCAUGCUAGCAACUGUUGGCAUGGGAAUCAGCAACGUUGUGUUUGCAUUCAUAUCAAUAUUCUUGUCUGAUAGAUUUGGGAGGAGGAUUCUCUUGUUGAUUAGUGCUUGUGGUGUGGUUGUGAGCCUAUUAGGGUUAGGCUUUUGCUUGACUAUAGUGGAGCAUUCUAAAGAAAAACUACUUUGGGUAACAAGCUUAACCGUUUUCUUUACCUACAUAUUUUUGGGUUUUGUGUGUAUUGGAAUAGGGCCUGUGACGUGGGUUUAUAGCUCCGAGAUACUUCCCCUCAGGUUCAGAGCACAGGGCCUUGGUGUAUGUGUGGUUGUGAACAGAAUCACAAAUGUGGCAGUAGUUACAAGUUUCAUUUCGAUUUACAAAAUGAUAACAAUGGGUGGGAUUUUCUUUAUGUUAACCGGCAUCAAUGUUUCGGCUUUAUGGUUCUACUAUUCAUUUUUGCCUGAAACUAAAGGAAGAUCGUUAGAAGAUAUGGAGACUAUCUUUGGAAGAAAUUCUAAGUAAGAGAUAUACUACAAAUGAAGCCUGUGUGCAACAAAGAAUGAUGAUGAUGGAUGGUUGAUAAGUAGUUAUUAUUUUUUUGUGUUAUUACUUUAAGAGUUUUUAUGGUUGUUAUUAGUACUAGUAAACAA